ACGAAGCAGAAGUUGCCCCGGGUCGUGUACUAGCUGUUGCGCUUGCGGCGCCCGCUUCCAGAGCGUGUAAUGAGCCAGGGUCGAGAAGAACUACACGAGCCGGUUCCACCAAGUCCCAGCCGUUCACCAUUCACCAGCUCGAGUCUGUGAACGACCAAUUCAAACUGAUGAAGGCACUCAUGGUUCUGGCCGCGCACUGGGACGCGCAUGCGGACGUUUUCCUGCCCCCCGUGAUCCCGGACCUGUUCGAGCGGGUGCGCAAGGGGCGGAUGCCGCUGGACAGCCUGGCGCAGAUGCAGAUUGUGCAGCGACUGGAGCGGCGGGAGCACUUGGAGUGGUUCGCGAAUGAGUUGCGGAAACGGAACCCGAAAGUUAAAGAUAUGGCAAGAGAUGAACAAAAGGAGACGUUCUUUUCAGGAGAGCAGCUAGGCCAUGAUCACCAGCCUGGAGGAGCGCAGCAAGAGGACGGGCACGCUUUCCACGAUCAAGUGGCACAUCCUACCGGGGCGGCUUUUGCGGGUUCUUUUGCGACCGCAGAAGUAGAGGAUCAGGAGUUCGAGUACGGGGAAAAUCCCCCGGUUUUGUUCAUGUGCAGCCCGGCAAUUACCUGGUACGAAACGGUGGUAGAGAAAGUUGAUAGGACGUCAACUUCUAUGGACGAGGUAACGAGACCUGUCGAGCGGAGCAACUUGUUCCCGGCAGGUGGAGCAGAAACACCAGAACCGGCGGUCGCCCCCCCGCCGGACAUGUCGUUCGUUCCCGCUACAAGAAGAACAUCGUCACCAGUGGAAGCUCACGAGCCGCUGCUUGGCCAACCACUCCUGCAGCGGAAAAGCAGUCGGGGUUGGGAGCAUUUUAACUUGUUGGACGAAGAUAUCAUUUUUCCGGGCGUGCAGGCGGACGGCCAUGAUGGGAGAUCAUCUGCUGCGGGUGGUGGACGAGAGCAGGAAGAUGCUGACGCAACAGCCGCCACAGCAGAACGCACCAGCGAUGCCCGCUGCGUCCCUGCUUUGGGUACUAAUGAUAAAUUUGUUACCGCAGGUGAAUUUUCGUGAUCAGCUUUUGGUGUUUUUCUUGUUGCUGAGGAUGUGUCUUUCUCAACCAACCAAUAAAUGGCUUUUAGGCGCCGGCCUAUACAAAAAGAUCGAGAUGCGUAGGUGCAUCUUCUUGAAACAGGAGAUGGAUUGAAUGGAAACCAUUUGACACACCAUAACAGAAUCUCCUGCUAAUUCCGAUGAAAAUGCUGCAGUCACCGGUCCAAUGCAGACUGGUAGAGACGUUGCGGCGGAGGAACAACCCGCGUGUGUCUUACCUGCGGGAGCAGCAGCUGCAGGAGGAGCACAAGAGGUAGUACAACUACAGCCUCUCCCGCCACUGGUCGUGCC